GCCCCUCCUCGGGCCUGCGGCUCCCUAGGUCCCUGCGGAGCGCCGGCAAUAAAGAAUGCUGAUGGGAGAGCCAUUUUCCUAACUUACAAAUUAUCAAGCUGAUUGCCAUAAUGGAUGAUCAGCAAGCUUUGAACUCAAUCAUGCAAGAUUUGGCUGUCCUUCAUAAGGCCAGUCGACCAGCAUUAUCCUUACAGGAAACCAGAAAAACGAAAUCUUCAUCACCAAAAAAGCAGAAUGAUGUCCGAGUGAAAUUUGAACAUAGAGGAGAAAAAAGAAUCCUUCAGUUUCCCAGACCAGUUAAACUGGGAGAUCUGAGAUCUAAAGCCAAAAUUGCCUUUGGACAGUCUAUGGAUCUACAUUAUACCAAUAACGAGUUGGUAAUUCCAUUAACUACUCAAGAUGACCUGGACAAAGCUGUAGAACUGCUUGAUCGUAGUAUUCAUAUGAAGAGCCUCAAGAUAUUACUUGUGAUAAAUGGAAGUACACAGGCUACUAAUUUAGAACCAUUGUCAUCACUAGAAGGUUUGGAUAACGCAGGAUUUGAAACAGAGAGGAAAAAGCGGCUUUCCAUAAUAGGUCCCACUAAUAGAGAUAGAAGCUCUCCUCCCCCAGGAUACAUUCCAGAUGAAUUGCACCAGGUAGCCCGGAAUGGGUCAUUCACUAGUAUCAACAGUGAAGGAGAAUUUAUUCCAGAGAGCAUGGACCAAAUGCUGGAUCCAUUAUCUUUAAGCAGCCCUGAAAAUUCUGGCUCAGGAAGUUGUCCAUCACUUGAUAGUCCUUUGGAUGGAGAAAGCUAUCCAAAAUCACGAAUGCCCAGGGCACAGAGCUACCCAGAUAAUCAUCAGGAGUUUUCAGACUAUGAUAACCCUAUCUUUGAGAAGUAUGGAAAAGGAGGAACAUAUCCAAGAAGGUAUCAUGUUUCAUAUCAUCAUCAAGAAUAUAAUGAUGGUCGAAAAACUUUUCCAAGAGCUAGAAGAACCCAGGGGACCAGCUUCAGAUCUCCUGUGAGUUUCAGUCCUACUGAUCACUCCUUAAGUACUAGUAGUGGAAGCAGCAUCUUUACCCCAGAGUAUGAUGAUAGUCGAAUAAGAAGAAGGGGAAGUGAUAUAGACAAUCCUACUUUGACUGUAAUGGACAUCAGCCCACCCAGCCGUUCACCUCGAGCACCUACCAACUGGAGAUUGGGCAAACUGCUUGGCCAAGGAGCCUUUGGCAGGGUCUACCUCUGUUAUGAUGUUGAUACAGGAAGAGAAUUGGCUGUUAAGCAAGUUCAAUUUGACCCUGAUAGCCCUGAGACCAGCAAGGAAGUAAAUGCACUUGAGUGUGAAAUUCAGUUGUUGAAAAACUUGCUGCAUGAGCGAAUUGUUCAGUAUUAUGGCUGUUUGAGGGAUCCCCAGGAAAAAACACUUUCCAUAUUUAUGGAAUAUAUGCCAGGGGGCUCAAUUAAGGACCAAUUAAAAGCAUAUGGAGCUCUUACUGAGAAUGUGACUAGGAAAUACACCCGUCAGAUUCUGGAGGGUGUCCAUUAUUUGCACAGUAAUAUGAUUGUCCAUAGAGAUAUCAAAGGCGCAAAUAUACUGCGAGAUUCAACAGGCAAUGUCAAACUAGGUGAUUUUGGGGCCAGCAAACGGCUUCAGACUAUCUGUCUCUCUGGAACAGGAAUGAAGUCUGUCACAGGUACACCAUACUGGAUGAGCCCUGAAGUCAUAAGUGGAGAAGGCUAUGGCAGAAAAGCAGAUAUCUGGAGUGUAGCAUGUACUGUGGUAGAAAUGCUGACUGAAAAACCUCCUUGGGCUGAAUUUGAAGCAAUGGCUGCCAUCUUUAAGAUUGCCACUCAGCCAACAAACCCAAAGCUGCCACCUCAUGUUUCAGACUAUACCCGAGACUUCCUCAAACGGAUUUUUGUAGAGGCCAAACUGAGACCUUCAGCUGAUGAACUCUUAAGGCACAUGUUUGUGCAUUAUCACUAGCAGCUGGUAACCUCUCCUGUGCCUCCACCCAGCUCCCAUCUGAUCGUUCACCUUCUCUCUGACUGCACUUUUCUUUUUUUAUAAAAAAAGAGAGAUGGGGGAGAAAAAAGACAAGAGGGAAAGUAUUUCUCUUGAUUCUUGGUUAAAUUUGCUUAAUAAUAAUAAUAGUAACCUAAAUUUUUUAUAUUUAGUCUUUUUUCCCUUACAAGAACUUGAAACAACUACUUUUUUUUUWAAAUAAUGUACUGAUGUGGUUCAGAGAGAUAAAGCACUUUAGUACAUAGUAAGUCUUUUUAGUACAAACAAAUCAUUUGGAAUACCGAAAGAUUGUAGAGUCUUUCCCUGUAUCGCUGACAUAUUGAUAGUGUUGGGGAGACGUGAAAGACAAGGAGGAAAUGAUGUACAAUUUGUAGUUUUUAGUGAUAGUAUUUAAAGUAGUUCCUCAUUUGUGGGGUUGAGCCCUAAACUUGAGUUUAGGGUAGGUACUCAAAGAAUAUAGAUUUUUUUUCUUAUAUCUGUAUUCUUUAGAUCAUAACCUCUGUCUACCAAGCUUUUUGCUCAGUAGGAAUCUUGAUAGAAGAUAUGAAUAUCUAAGAGGUAUGUUUAUUUGUAAUUCUAACCAGUAUAGUAAGCAAAUACACUAUAAUAGAUCCAUGUUACUGGAAUCUGUAAACCUUGAGGGAUAGUGUUCUGCUUUAAAAAAAAAAAAAAUACUGUUUUGUUUUAAAGCAGAUAUGGGAAGUCAAUGAGUAAAGCUAACUAAGAGACAAAAAGAGAUUGCUCUCAUUAAAUGUGUGAGCAAAGAAGAGACCACAUUUGCUAGUAAGCAGAAAUAAUUAAAAAAUUAAUUGAGUGUUAUUUAGCGUAUUUUAAACUAUGUGCUUUAUUUGAGGGGGGAAGUCCCAAAAUUAAGGAAAUUGAGAAAAAAUAAAAAUCAUAUAUUCUGUCUUCCUAUUUCUAGCUCCUGAUUUCCCAUAGCUAACAGUCUUUAGAAACUAAGGGUGAAGCCUGGAGUAUCCGUGUGUAAAGCUAAUGUAAUGAGAAGAAAUUCUUUUCUUGGGAUCACAGAAUACUGAAGCACCUCAGAAAAUAAGACGCCACAUAAAAUAGUGAGAUUGUCAUUGGUGGCACAGGGACAUUUCACUUGGGUUUAGCAAUGCCUGGAGACGUUUUAUUUGUCACAAAUGGGAAGAUACUUCUGGCAUCUAGUGGGUGGAGGCCAGUUCCCUCCAAAAAGAAUUAUCCUGCUCCAAAUGUCAAAAAUACUGAAAUUAAGAAACCCCAAAGGAAAGACCAGUCCCAACCAUAAACUGAAAACAGCCAUUUACAAAGUAGUAAUUACAAAAAAAAAAAAAAAAAAAGCAAAUUUU